CACUUGAGGCGUUUUUUUAAACGGCAGACAUCUGACCCUCCCCCCCCCCCCCCCCCCCCCCUUGAAUCUCCCCUCUCCCGCCUCAGGACCGCCUCUCCUCACUCUUAUAUUUCUGCUACAAGUUCAGCAAAGGGAGGUUUUUUUUGUGUUGCGUCUAAAGAAGAUCAAGGACAGUUUGACAUGAGGGGGGACGCUCCACAAGGAGGCAUGAAGACCACAUGUCUGUGGGCUGCCGCUCUGCUGCUGUCAGUCGUCUCUCUGGUUACCAGCGCUGAUUCACAGAGUCCAGGAAAUUCAGACUUGAGAGAGAGCUCAAAAUCCAAAGUGAAGACGCACUGGACCGAAAGCAGCAAGGCUGUCUCCAUCAGCCGCCUGCUGUCCCAGACCCUCUACGGCAAAGAGAACUUCACCUCUCUGGAUCUGAACUACGACGAGGCCGACGCCUUCUCCAAACAGGAGCAGUGGAACUGGCUCUACAACGCCUCGAACCCCCGCGACCCUCGAUCCAGGACAAAAAGGAGGCCCAUCGUCAAGACCGGCAAGUUCAAGAAGAUGUUCGGUUGGGGCGACUUCCAUUCCAACAUCAAGACGGUGAAGCUCAACCUCCUCAUCACUGGCAAAAUCGUGGAUCACGGUAACGGGACAUUCAGCGUCUACUUCCGCCACAACUCGACCGGUCAGGGCAACGUAUCCGUGGGACUCGUUCCGCCAACUAAAGCUGUGGAGUUCCAGGUCCAGCAUCAGCAAUACCACCACCACCACCACCACCACCACCACCAGCAGCAGCAGCAGCAGCAGACGGCUCUGGAGACCAAGGACAACAAGCUGUUCAACUGCAGGGUGGAGUACGAGAAGGUGGAGAAGGGCACCAGGAACUCGCUCUGUGCCCACGACCCCUCGCAAAGCUGCUCGCAGGAGCAGACCCAGAGCCACGUGUCCUGGCUGUGCUCCAAGCCCUUUAAAGUCAUCUGCAUCUUCAUCACCUUCUACAGCACCGACUACAAGCUGGUGCAGAAGGUGUGUCCAGAUUACAACUACCACAGUGACACCCCGUACCUGCCCACGGGGUGAUCAUAUGACCAGACGAGGACAACAACAACAACAAAAAGAUGAGAACAAAAAAAAAAA